UCUUGCAUUUUAUACAACGCAGAAACAAAUAUAAAAGUUGAAAAAAUUCAGUAAAGAGUUUCACAAUCCAUUUCUUAAAGCACCCUAUAUUAGUAAACAAACUCUUCGCCUGUGGCUGUGCUGUUGAACGAAGUUUUGCAACGAAUUUAUGAAUUGCUUUUUAUUCACUUUUUGUUAGCUUGAAGCAACUGCUAUGUGCUCUGAAUUAUCUAAGCAAGAAUAUUUAAAACGUUAUAUCGAAGGAGAUGACAAAGGAAAGAAACGUAAAAGAAAGCCGAAAACUUGCAAAUCCAUUUUACCUACUGUGAAAAUAGUUCAUGAAGAUGUUGAUAUAAGGUCUAUUAAAUUUGGAAGCAAGGAAGAAACAGAUGAAGAAGAAUGUCCAGUUAUAGCAGAAGUAGUGGAUGAAAGACCCAUAGAAAUAAAGUCUAAAGAAAUUUAUGAAUCUUCAAGAUGGAAAAGAUUAGGAGAAGAAGAAACAGAAAGCAGUCUUGGCACCACCAACUCUCCCCAUAAAAAAAGAAAGGAGUUUAAGCCCUCCUCAAAAAGUAAAAAGUCAGUGCCCAAUUCUAGAGGCAGGCACGAUUCUGAUAGUGAUCUCUCUCCUGCAAGACCUAAACCACAAAACUCUGCUCACACAAACUCCGAUAGCGACCUCUCCCCUGUUAGACCCAACAGACACAAAUCUCUUCAAGAUAACUCUAGAAGGGAUCUCUCCCCUGAAAGAUCUAGGAAGAAACUAAAAUCUUCACAUGUAAAGUCAGAUAGUGAUUUAUCUCCUGAAAGAUUAAGCAAAAGAAAAUCUUCCACUUUUAAAGAUGAUGAUAGCGAUUUGUCUCCUGAAAGAAAAUUCAGAAGAAGAAAGUCUCCUUCAUUUAAAGAUGAUGACGAUAGUGAUCUUUCUCCACCGAGAAAAAGUACUCUUUCUGCAAGUAGAGAAACGAAAUCAAAAGAUAAAGAGAUCCGCCCCAUGAAAACGCUUUCUGGUUUGAAGGCUGGCCUACAGAAUGCAGUAACACUAAGAGAGGAAACAAAAGAGUUUAAAAAAAGAGAAAGAUCUAGAAUUGAAGAGUUGGAUGAUGAGUUAUCUGGACGUAAUGCCGGUACUGUAGUCAGAGAUAAGCGUACAGGGCAAAAAAGGAAUCUUGAAGAUGAAUCAAAGGUCGAUGAUGAAAAGAAAAAGGAAUUGGCAGAGCAACAAAAGAAAUAUGACAAGUGGGGUAAAGGUUUGAUUCAAGGAGAGAGUAAAAAUCAGAAAUUAGCAGAAGAUUUGUAUGAAACAUCAAAACCACUCGCCAGGUAUUGUGAUGAUGAAGAUUUAGAAGAAAAACUUAAGUCUGAAAUCCGUGAUGAUGAUCCUAUGGCCCAGUAUAUGCGAAAAAAGAAGCAAAAACAUGCUGUAAAUGUAUAUCCUGUAUACAGUGGACCACCCCCUCCUCCUAACCGGUUUGGUAUUACUCCAGGAUAUCGAUGGGAUGGUGUGGAUAGAUCAAAUGGAUUUGAAAAAAGAUAUUUUGAACAAAAAUCAAGUAAAAAAGCGACGGAAGAAGAAGCUUACUUGUGGAGUGUACAAGACAUGUAAAGAGAAGCUUUUCUAAUUGUAAAUAAAUUGUAAAUAUAAGAUAAUAAAAUGUUUUUUUUUGUCAAAA